AAGUCCACGGGCGUAUAAAACGGGUGGCCCACCUGCCCUCUCCUCUUAUCCCCCCUCCUCCCGAUGUCCUGCUCCCUUUGCCGCCUUCCGUUCGUCCCCAAUGAGCAGAGGUCGACCAAUCCCCACCCGCCGCCGCGCGGGAUCCUGAGCGCCGCGCAGACGAGCUACCACUCGACGGCUAUCGCGUGGGGCCAGAGCAUCAUGACCCUCCUGCUCAAGUUCAACUACCUCGAUAACAACCUGUUCGGAGCCGAUCUCGGCAUGAUGCCCAUCGUGCACACGUGGGAGAAGGACGGCGGAACGUGCAUGUUCUUCCACACCACCUGCGCGGACCUGCUGCGCCACGCGCUCGACGCAGAGGCGUGGACCGUCGAGACGUUCGUGCGCCUGUUCGAGCUCGAGUCCGUGUUCGGGCAGCCGCAGGGUGGGCGCGAGGCCGGGCGGUUCCGACACGUCGACUACGAGCACGUCGCGUGCGAGCGCGCGCCGGUCGACCUGCGGCGCUUCUGGCUGCCCAAGCCGCCGUACCAGGGGCGCAACUGGGACUGGGAGGGCUUCGCGGGCAGCGAGUUCGCGUGGACGCUCAACAGGCCCGACGUAUUCCCCAGGUUCUUCGCGACCGUGAGCGAGAAGCGGCUCGGGUCGGUCGGCAGGCCCGAGGCGACGACGGACCGCGUGACGACGCUCCCGAUCGACGUGCUGCUGCACCUGCUGCCCCACCUCGACGUCCGCACCUACCUCGCGCUCACCUCGACCUGCCGCACGCUGCGCACGCACGCGCUGACGACAUUCCAGCCGCACGCGCGGCGGCUCGUGCUCUCGCUCGGCUGGGCGGUGCCGCUCGCGGGCGAACACGAGCAAGCCAAGGCGGCCGGGCUCGCGCUCGCGCACGCGCGCUCGACGCCGCACGACGCGGACUGGUUCCUGUACCUCGGCCACGUCCACCGCACGGCGGGCAUGCGGGUGCGCCGGUGGGUGUGGCACGUGUGCGAGAACGUGCGGCGCGCGUACGAGGGGCGGCGGGCGGAGGUGCUGUUUGCGCGGCGCGGGGACGGCGCGCUGGAGAGGAACGAGGAGGGGCGGCGGGUGGAGGAGUUCGUCCAGGCGACCUUCGCGCUCGCGAGCGAGCUCGCUGGGCGGGAGGUGUGAACGCGGGGCGCGCGGUGUCGGGUGGUGGGUGGUGGGUCGGGCAAAAGAGGCGGCUGCGAGCCGUGCAUUGUAAGCUAGGAAUGUAGAACCGUAUCGUCGACGGGGAGUGAAUGAAGACGCAUGCCCACGUGCC